GAGAGGGGGCAACAUUUAGCCCGCGGGGUGCAGCAGGACAACAACCUCGGCGAGUCCCCCACCCCCCCACCUCCAAAACUGUCACACGUGUACUCUCGCUUCAGUUAAAGCUGGCUCCUGAGCCGCUCGGACUCCUGUUUGUUUCAUUAUCUCCUCGGUUCCUUCACGGUGGAAGGGAGGUGAUUCUCUCCGCCGCCAUUUUUGGGGAACUGCUUAUUUGUAAAGAAACUUUGCUAGCUGCUUCCUAACGUUAGCAGCUAGCUGGUUGGCCAGUACCCUGCCUGCCUUUCCUGCAGCUCGUUGUGACAGUUUAAGCUUGGCAGUCAAUCGUUAUCCAGCUCAGCUCUUUGCUUCGCUUUCAUAUAAAUAUUUAUUAUUUUCACUUGCUGACGAAAAUCGGUUAUUGCUAAGGAGAAUAAUCGGACUGGGCAGAAUGACCGUCUGUAUUUGGGUAGGGCAAUUAUGCGGUUAGAUUAGCGAAUUAGCAUUGCUAACUUAUCGGCUAGCGAAUUCCGCACUCUGAUUUGCCCGGAUUGCUUUGCCUGCCCGUGAUUUAGCCACAGACACCUUGCCCUGCUCUGUUUCCGAGUAACCGGAUUAAGCAGCCGUUCAUACCCCCACUUCAUCUCAACCUGUGUGGAUUCAUUUUUCUUUUCUUGACAAGGCGCCCAUGUACUGGUUCCUUAGGGUCAUCGAUUACCGCAGAUGAAUCUUCAGCUGCUUUGCCAUAGCUCAGCAGCCAGAUAGUCCCAUCGCCUUUGCGUGGGUGAUAAGGGACUACAUUAACCAGGAUGCCCUCCUCCGUAAGGGCAGGGAGCCUCAAGGAUCCGGAGGUGGCUGAGCUUUUCUUCAAAGAAGAUCCAGAGAAGCUUUUCUCCGACCUCCGAGAAAUUGGCCAUGGCAGCUUUGGCGCCGUCUACUUUGCACGGGAUGUGCGCACAAAUGAGGUGGUGGCAAUUAAAAAGAUGUCCUACAGUGGCAAACAGUCUAAUGAGAAAUGGCAGGACAUCAUAAAGGAGGUGAAGUUCCUCCAAAGGAUCCGGCACCCCAACAGUAUAGAAUAUAAAGGAUGUUACCUCCGUGAGCACACAGCAUGGCUGGUGAUGGAGUACUGUCUUGGCUCGGCCUCUGACCUGCUAGAAGUUCAUAAAAAACCUUUACAAGAAGUUGAGAUUGCUGCCAUCACACAUGGUGCUCUGCAGGGGCUGGCCUACCUUCAUUCCCAUAAUAUGAUCCACAGGGAUGUGAAAGCUGGCAACAUCCUGCUGACUGAGCCUGGCCAAGUCAAACUGGCAGAUUUUGGCUCUGCCUCCAUUGCCUCACCUGCCAACUCUUUUGUGGGAACGCCAUAUUGGAUGGCCCCAGAGGUGAUUCUAGCUAUGGAUGAAGGCCAGUAUGAUGGAAAGGUGGACGUCUGGUCCUUAGGGAUUACCUGUAUAGAAUUAGCGGAGAGGAAGCCUCCCUUGUUUAACAUGAAUGCAAUGAGUGCCUUAUACCACAUAGCGCAGAAUGAGAGCCCCACGCUGCAGUCCAGUGAAUGGUCAGAAGAUUUUAGAAACUUUAUCGAUUCUUGCCUUCAGAAAAUCCCCCAGGACCGACCGCACUCUGACGACAUGUUGGGUCACGAGUUUCUGCAACGUGAGCGUCCAGACUCUGUGCUGAUGGACCUCAUUCAGAGAACCAAGGAUGCCGUACGAGAGCUGGAUAACCUGCAGUACCGAAAGAUGAAGAAGAUCCUCCUUCAGGAGGCCCACAAUGGGCCCACUUCAGAAGCCCAGGAUGCAGACGAGGACCUGGAGCCUGGUGGAGGUCGGACAGGAACGGUGAAUAGCGUUGGCAGUAAUCAGUCCAUCCCCAGCAUGUCUAUCAGCGCUAGCUCCCAGAGCAGCUCUGUCAACAGCCUGAAUGAAGCAGCCCAGGACAGCCGCAGUGAGCUGGACCUAAUGGAAGGAGAUCACACAGUCAUGUCCAACAGCUCAGUCAUACACCUCAAACCGGAGGAAGAAGAGAGUCUCUCUUUGGAACAAGCGGCCACCAGUGAGCCCACUGAGCCCCAGCCAACACCAGCUCAGGCCCCGAGGAAGCACUACCGCAACAGAGAGCACUUUGCCACUAUACGCACAGCAUCACUUGUGACACGUGAGAUGCAAGAACACGAGCAGGACUCUGAGCUGAGGGAGCAGAUGUCAGGAUACAAACGCAUGAGGCGGCAACAUCAGAAGCACCUAAUGGCCCUGGAGAACAAGCUGAAAGGGGAAAUGGAUGAGCACAGGCUGAGGCUGGACAAAGAGCUGGAGAGUCAGAGGAACAACUUCACCCAGGAGAUGGAGAAGCUGCUUAAAAAACACCAAGCGGCCCUGGAAAAAGACCUGAAGACGUUUGCCAACGAUGAGAAGAAGUUCCAGCAGCACAUUCAGGUUCAGCAGAAGAAGGAGCUCAGCAGCUUCUUGGAGUCGCAAAAGCGGGAGUAUAAACUACGCAAAGAGCAGCUCAAAGAGGAGCUGAGUGAGAACCAGUCAACACCCAAAAAAGAGAAGCAGGAGUGGCUGUCCAAGCAGAAAGAGAACAUCCAACACUUCCAGGCUGAGGAGGAGGCUAACCUGCUGAGGAGACAGAGGCAGUAUCUGGAGCUGGAGUGUAGGCGGUUCAAACGCAGGAUCCUCAUCGCCAGACACAAUGUGGAGCAGGACCUGGCCAGAGAGGAGCUGAACAAACGUCAAACGCAGAAGGAUCUGGAGCAUGCAAUGCUGCUGAGGCAUCACGAGUCCAUGCAGGAGCUGGAGUUCAGGCAUCUGGCAACAAUCCAGAAGGCCCGGGCAGAGCUGAUACGCACCCAGCACCAGACAGAGCUCACUAACCAGCUGGAGUACAAUAAGAGGAGGGAGAGGGAGCUGAGGCGCAAGCAUGUCAUGGAGGUCCGGCAGCAGCCCAAAAGCCUGAAGUCUAAGGAGCUUCAGAUUAAGAAGCAGUUUCAGGAGACCUGCAAAACGCAGACUCGGCAGUACAAGGCCCUCAGGAACCAUCUGCUCGAGACGACACCCAAGUCCGACCACAAGGCUGUCCUAAAGAGGCUGAAGGAGGAGCAGACUAGGAAGCUGGCCAUCCUCGCCGAGCAGUAUGACCACUCCAUCAAUGAAAUGCUCUCCACACAGGCUCUGCGGUUGGAUGAAGCUCAGGAGGCGGAGUGUCAGGUGCUGAGGAUGCAGUUGCAGCAGGAGCUUGAGCUGCUCAAUGCUUACCAGAGCAAAAUCAAGAUGCAGACAGACGCACAGCACGACAAGGAGAGAAGGGAGCUGGAGCAGAGGGUGUCUCUGCGGCGGGCUCUGCUGGAGCAGAAAAUCGAGGAGGAAAUGCUUUCCCUGCAAAACGAGCGUCUGGAGCGAAUCCGCUCACUGCUGGAGCGCCAGGCCCGAGAGAUCGAGGCUUUUGACUCGGAGUCCAUGCGACUGGGCUUCAGCAACAUGGUGCUCACUAACCUGGCUCCCGAUUCUCAGGGAGGCUGGGGAGGAGGAGGAGGAGGCCAGGGGGCUCAGGGGGGAGGCCACUGGCCGGGAGGAGGUGGAGGAAGCAGUCACCAUAGUCAUCACCAGGGGGGCUCCAGCUCACAGCAGUCCUGGGGUCACCCCAUGCUGGCUGGGGGCCCACCACCCUGGAGCCUCCACCACCCUGGUGGGGGUAGUCAGAGGGGUAGCCAAGGAGGUGCGGGAGGGGUGAGGAACAGCCCGCAGGCUAUGAGGAGGACGUCAUCAGGGGGGAGGAGUGAACAGGGCAUGAGCAGGAGCGCCAGCAUCACCUCUCAGAUCUCCAAUGGAUCCCACCUGUCAUACACCUAAAAUACACACGCACACACAAAUUGUCUUAAAGCUAAUAUCUCGCUCCGAGAUAACUGUACACACACGCAUCACGCACAUACCACAGUACAUCUCGCACUGCACAGUACUGAGGCUGGGUUUACCUGAGCCCAGCCGCUCUCCUGUCACCACUGCUCUACAUCAGUGUACUGCUAGCAGCAGUCUGUGGAAACCCAGAAGACUUGAGACUAAUAAGAUACCCGAGGGCCAUUUACAGUAGUGCAAUAGUAGUUUUCUUGUUGUUUUUUGUUUUUUUUACUGCAGCAUACACUGCUGUGUGUGUUUGUUACUGCCGUAUCAGUCUCUGUUGCCACAAUCCCAAACUAGUGUGUUAAUUUUCUAUUGAGAGUGGUUUGUUUGCCAUCUUCUGUUUCACAGUAUUGUUUUAAACCCAAGUGGGACCGAUUGUGCACAAAGGUGCUGAGCUUGUCCUUCAAACCAGAUUUAAACUGAUGAAAAGUUAAAUUAGAUUAUUUAUGUGUAGUUGGGGGAAGACUAGAGAACGGAAGGACUGUUUCAAGCGACGCUUGACGCAGCUGAGGAAGUUAAUGGACCGAGAAAGAGAGCGAAGGUCGUUGUAAGUGAAUAGCUGUGGGUGUUGCUGACUGUUUAGCUGCAGUGCAGGGGGACAGUUGUGGUGACAGUAUUAAUUCCAGCUCCAAAGCUAAUCCAGCUGACUUGACGUGAGAAGUUUCAGCGAGAUCAUUUUCAUGGAAAACAAAGCUGCGUACGUUCUGGUGCGAGUGCCAUGCAGGUUUCUUGAGGACCGUGAGCCCAGCUGCCAAAGGUAAAGGUGCAGAGUUGGAUUUGUCGUUAUAGCUACUCAUGCCAACAAUACUGUGGUGUAGUGAAACACAUUGUGCCGGAGAAAGGCAGUUCAGUGGACAUUAAUGCCACGUGGCCAAGGGAGCCACUUGUCCUUCGUGUUCAGCUCCGUUAUCUCAGCUCUUGGGUUUCCACAGGCCUCUGGCCUUCACUCACACCUGCCCAGUGGAAGGCCAGUCUGAAGGGCACUUGGAUCCUUAUUAGUCUGCAGGCCCUAUGACAGAGAUGGGUUUUCAGCAGCACCUAACCUCAACUUUGAACAGUUUCAAAACUGGUGUUCACUCAUCACUUGUUUGCAAUACAAUUUCAAUCUGAUUUGGCACCAUUUUAGUGAUGCACUAUGCAGUUAGGAACAACAAGAAAAGAGAAAAAAAAAUGACACAAGCCUUUUGGCCUACCUCAAGAACACUCAAGUUAGAGCCUUGAAUGUCUUGAUUUGCACUUUGGCGUAGGCUUUCACCCACUCUUAAUUGUUAAUCGGACACAUUUACACAAACAUGUAGUGGCUAUUCAUUUUAUUCGCCCAGGCAAACAUUACGUAAGCCUGGUUUAUAAAUGCAUGUGCGUUGAAAAUAGCACACUUAGCCUUUGUGAGCUGAGUUGGAUGUAAAUUGGCAACACAGUCAGCAGCAGCAGGCAAAUUUAUUAAUGUAUAAAAACGUCCGUGAAGCUUUGGGAAGUAUUAUUAUUCACAGUUGCCCGAAAUGCCUUUUUGUUAUUUCUUUGUUAUUUUCUUUAUUUAUUUAUUUUUAAACCUUAUAAGACCCUACAGUGAAAACAAAUGAACACAGAGUGAGGAGGAGCUUCACUAGCCCUCAGCUUGGUUGGUGACUGCUGAACGUUUUUGAAGAGUGGAUGGGUGGUGAUGCUGGGAUCUCCGCUGCCAUGCCCCUGCAACCUUCCCCGGUCUGACACCCCGCUCUGUCUCACCCCUGAUGACCACAAUGUCACAUUCUGACCACCGAUCUUGUCCCCCAGCAUCCCUCCGCCUACGUUUCCUCCCCUCUGGAGCCUCCUUUUUGUUUUGGUUUUUUUGGUCUUCGCUCCUUCGCUCCCCACCUGGAUCUUUGUGGAAAGAGCUCUCUCAAGUAAAAUAAAAGAAGAAAGAAAUAUAUAUAAAUGUUAUAAAUCUAUAAAGAAGGAUUAUAGAGAUGUAAAGCUAAAGGUGGAAAGUGUUAUUGUGAAACAGAGUUUAUGCAUUAUAUGUUGCUGCAGAGGUGGAAUGUACAGGAAAAGCGUGUUAAUAUUGUAUAUUUUGAAUCUGAACAUGUGGAGAUCGAAUCGACAAAUCAGAGACGAGUUAACUUGCGAUGCAGGCACAGCGGUGCGUGGCUUUAGAGCGGCGGCAGUUGAACGAUGGAUCGAUUCGCGGCUGCUGAGUUUUUCACUGUCUUAUUUGCAGCUGCGAGUUCUCGAACUUGUUACAGAUAUGCUGUUGUGAAUGAUAACAACACAACUGUAGGUCAGAUUGCCUCGAGUAAACAGCAACACUUUGUUUUGUAGUGUAUGAGGAUGAUUUUGCACAUAAUUUGAAAACUAGUUAGGUGGAGCCUUUGCUCGAGCACUGGCUAUGUGUUACUGACAUUGUACCCCAUAGUGAAGACUCAGCCUCUCUGCUUCAUAUCUUGGUGGUUUUUAAAGGACUUGGAGCUAAAGUAAAGGUUAUAACAUGAGGGGGAAAAGUCUUUUUAAAGGUUUUAUUUAAGGAAAAAAAAGAAGUGUUAAAAUCUGAAAUGGCUAAAAUUGUUUCCAGAUUCUUGCUGUAGACAGUAAACAUUUUUGUCUUGUAGGGUCCACUGACCUUACAUUUUCUGAUCUGUGCACCAAGAGCCCUGUUUGUUUAUGGUUCGACACAAACCAUUUUCACACUGUACUUAAUGAUUUGCCUUUGGUGUGGGGGGGAGUACCAACCUGUACUCAAUAGUUUGAAUCUCUUUUUUGGCUCAGAAACAAAGCGCCAGUAUGCCAUUGUACCAACUUUCCCCCCAGCUCUUUAGUGUUUUUAUGCCAGAAGGGGUGUUUUUAAUUUCCAGAUGAUGUCUGCAGAGGGCCAAACGAGCGGUGGACUUUUAGACCUUCUCUUGUGUUUACUAGAACUCCCAGGUGUUUUGCGAGGCAGUCUACCUUUAGACCUCGGUCACUCUGAACUGGAUCAGUUGCACUGAUUGCACAAGUGACUGACCAGAUUAAAGAGUCUACUGUGAUCCACCCCCCCAACUCUCAGUGUUUGGGUUGGGGGAGGAGGUGACUGCUAUUGCUGAAAGUAGGUGGGAGGCAGGCUUAUGUCUCUGUACAGUCUGUUUUAUCAGUAUUCCUUUUAUCUCCUGUCAUUUGGUGGAUCUUGCUGUUUUAUUCUCCCUGGUCCAGAGAUCUGUAUUAAACUGUAUUAAAUGUAUAGAUUGUGCAGAAAGCUGAAUGUUGCAUAGCAGAAGAGAAAAGAUAUUCCUUACAGAUGACAAAGUAAAAUGUAUAAAUGAAACUCAAAGGCAAAGUUUAGGGGAUAAAUGUAAUAUUUUGUUUGUAAUUACUAUUUUUUGUUGGAAGAGGGCUACUGGAUAAAGAAUCAUCUGUAAUAAAAUAAUUUUAAUAUUU